UGUCGCUCCCAUUUCUCCUCCUUAUUUCUCCUCUUCUUCCCUUUCUCGGGAAGCAGAAAGAACAAAGAGAAUGUGUAGCUAUCAUUCGCGAUGCGUAAGAAGAUACAUUUAAUCCUCUCUUGUGAGAAAGUGCAAUUUUAGAAAGGAAAAGCUGAUCAGAACUUAGAGAAUACAGGACAUAAAAUAAUCGAGAUUGUGAACAAUGAGAAGGAAAAAGCAAAGAUGUGUCUUAGUUAUGCCAUAAGGAGUUGAAUUGCAUUUGUGCUGCAGUGAAAAAAAAAAAAAUAAAGUAUCAGAUACUUUAGAAAACCCCUUUGCAUAGUCUUCCAUUCAUUAUGUGUCAAGAGGUGUCCUUAGAGCAGCUUUUGGGUAGAGAUGGCGAGUGAAAUUCAGUGUUGUCGGAGAGAGCGCCAUGUGGCAGCUCAGUGACGACGGAGGUGUGUGCCAAAAAUGUGUGUCCGUUAAAGAAGUUUUUCCAGUAGCAUCCCAGAAUGUAGUUCGAGAGGAUGCGUAGUCAGUGGAACAAGAUGCACCGAGGAAGAGAGUUAGGGAAGUGGUUCGGCAUUCCGUGAUGGAGAAAGUGCAGGUCAUGAGCGUGGGUCCAGCCGCUUGUGUUGGCCGGGGCUCUGUUGGGCCUCCGCAGACCCUGAGGGGAGGCCCGCUUCCCACUCAGGACCAGAGUGCCGAGUACAUGCGACCAAGAGACAGAAAGGGCAGCAAGGCCAACUCGGCCCUGACUUCACAGACGACAAAUGUGAUCAACAACAAUGUGGAGGUGAAUGGAUUAGUGAACGGUGGAAUCACUAAUAGCAAUAAUAAUAACAAUAAUAACAGUAAUGUUAGUGAUAGGGGGAAUGCGCGCAAGAAAAGCACUGAUGCCAAAAACCGUGAGCAAGGGACAAUGGGUUUUGUGAGUGAGAGAGUGAGAGCACUUAGUGUCAGCAACCGGCCAAAGACAAGCUCUUCGCACAGGUUUGGACCUCCAGACCUCCGUGCGUCUUACAAUGAGAGACUGCGCUCGGGCCCCACAAGCCUGCAGCCCCCUGGAAGGGGAGGAGGCAGUGGGCGCCCAGGUCAGGAGGUUGGGGGAGGUUUUGUGUACAUGCGAGGUACAGGUGGUCUGUAUCGCAGCAACUCCUCACUGGAGCUGGACCAUGAUGCAGAAGAGCAACCUCCUGCGUCCCCCCUGCGCAGGGAGUACGGCUCCCAUGGCUCCAUCAAUGUGGCUGCUGCUCCCCCAGAAACCCUUUUCAACAUCCUAAGAGAUCUCCAGCCAGCUGGUAGGAUAGAACCCCCCUCAGCCUCUGCAGACAAUGUGGCAGGAGCUGGUGAAGCUGAAGCCACAUCCCCAAAGGUCAGGUCCAAGUUCCAGAAGCUCUGGGACAAGGACAAGUCAUCCAUAUUCAAAAAACUGCGCUCUAGCAAGAGUACCGAGGGCAAGGCAGAUAGCAAGUCUGAUGUCAACUCUGAAUCAAGUGUACCUUCAAGCUCGUCCAAGUCAUCAAAAACUGGUGAAGCCAAUGGAGAGACAGACAGCCGAGGGGAAGAGUCUGUGGCCGCUGUUCCUGCCAGGAGGUCUGCCUUUGCCCACUAUGACUGCCGCUCACUGGCAGCACACCUUACAUCAGUCCACAUGCGCUCCAGUCUCACUGAGAGGGCCAACACAACCACUGGAGCCUCAGCAGCAGCCAUGGCAGGCUCAGGUGGAUCUCAGCAUGAUAGCACUGAGGACUUAAGACCCGAUGAGAGUGACCCUGGUGAUGGAAGGUCCAAUCACCUUGUUAACAGCUGCCCCUUCUUUCGGAAUGAGCUUGGGGGGGAGAGUGAACGGGUCGUGAGUCUAAGCAGAGACUGGGGCUGUGGAACGAGAUCUGGCUCUUCAACUGACCCACCUGUUCUUUAUCGUUCUGUUGCUGCAACCACCAUCGGCCUCUUGGAACCUUCCAUGGGCCAGUCCCACUGGAGGACAACCCUUUGCCCCUAUGUUAGAAGUCCCUACACGAUAGAGGCAGUUGACCAGGGGGCGGGCUACUACCGCAGCUAUUUCUGUGGACAAGAGCAUCAGAACUGGCUUGGGGUCGAUGAUUCCUUAGGCCCUGUAGCAGUCAGUAUAAGAAGAGAGAAAGUGGAAGAUGCAACUGACAGUGCCCACAGCUUGCCUACCUACCAGUAUAGAAUAAUAGUCAGAACUUCAGAGCUUUUCAGUUGCCAAGGAACAGUUUUAGAGGAGAGCCUAGGCCGUCCAGGGGGAGAAAAAGGUCGUGGCCCGGGAGUGCGUGAGGUCCUGGAGUAUGUUUGUCCACAGCUAUCAGUUGGAUGCCUUCGCCUGGGACAUGCUACCUCACAGACAGAAGAGGCUUUGUUGAGACUGGAUGAAUUAGGGGUACACAAGAAAUUUAAGAUUGGAGUCCUGUAUUGCCGAGCUGGUCAAACGACAGAGGAGGAGAUGUACAACAACGAGACUGCUGGUCCUGCAUUUUCAGAAUUCCUGGAGACUCUAGGCCAACGUGUCAGAUUAAAAGACUUCGACAAAUACAGAGGCGGACUUGACAAGAAGACGGACUCCACAGGUUUGUACAGUGUGUAUACCCAGUAUCGUGACUUGGAGGUUAUGUUCCACGUGUCAACGCUCCUCCCCUUCACCCCAAAUAACCGCAAGCAGCUUCUUCGGAAACGACACAUUGGCAACGAUAUCGUCACGAUUAUCUUCCAGGAGCCAGGUGCUCCCCCCUUCAGCCCAAAGCACAUCCGCAGCCACUUCCAGCAUGUUUUCAUUGUGGUGCAGGCUGUCAACCCUUGCUCAGAAAAUACACAGUAUAGUGUGACUGUGAGCAGAUUUCGAGAUGUGCCAAUGUUUGGACCCAUGAUGACUGAGGGAGCCACAUUCCCCAAGUCAAAAACAUUUGCAGAGUUCCUAAUAGCAAAGGCCAUCAAUGGUGAGAUUGCAGCCCUAAGGUCGGAAAAGUUUGCAGCCAUGGCCACGCGCACCCGGCAUGAGUACCUGAAAGACCUCGCCCUCAACCAUACCUCCUCCACCACACUCGACACCUCCACCAAAUUCUCAUUAAUGGGAUUCUCAAGAGGAGGGAAGAAGGAUAAGAGAGCAAUAAAAUACAUUUCUGAUGCAAGUCUUCGUGGCGCUCUUUCCUGGCCGCUCUCUGUCAAGGACAAUGCACUGCAACAAAAUGUUGACUGUGUGUUGGGUAUAUCUGUUGACUCUUUGGUUGUGUUGGAGGAGUCAUCAGCUUCAGUCAUCUUUGCUGCUCCUUGCAAGACUGUUAUUGGCUGGACCAUCAAACCUCUUCAGGGCUUGCGGAUAUUCUACCAUCAAGGUGAAUGUCUGCAGAUCUACCUAAGGCAGGGCACCCCAGAGACUGAUGCGGAGGAAAUUAUCGCUGAGAUAGUUGCCAGAUUGUCAGCUGUGACAGGGGGAGCAGAGACACAGGAGCUUGUGUUGCGACGGAAUUCUGCUGGAUUACUAGGGUUCAAUGUGCAGCAAGAUGGCGUGAUAACAGAGGUGGAGACUUAUGGCUUGGCAUCUCAGUCUGGCCUAAGACAAGGGGCAAGGAUUGUUGAGAUCUGCACAGUUGCUCUCUCAACGCUCUCCCAGGAGCAAAUGGUGGACCUCCUCAAGACAUCAAUGACAGUGACUGUGUGCAUUGUCCCUCCACAUCUUGAUGGAACUCCACGAAGGGGUUGCAAUGUCCCAACUUGUGGAUUCCUCCUUGGGGGAAGUGAGGGAGACUAUGAGAACCUGAACACACCUGAGGAGCUCUCUAGAAAGCAUCUCAAGUCACGGCACAACCACACGUCCAGGUAUGACCGGAGCUUGUCACCCCCACGUUCCAGCAACAGCUCUGGAUAUGGCACGGGCAGCUCAUCACGCUCGUUUACUGUUGACCAGCGCAGUGGACAUGACUACCAUGACCAGGCUAGACUACAGCAGUCUGACUACCAUGGGGAACGGCAAGAUUACCAGAACAACAGUAACAACAACAGUAAUACCAGCAACAACAAUAGUAGCAGCAGCAACAACAACAACAAUUUAAACAGUGAUUACGAUCGGACGGGUGACUAUGAUAGGACCCCAGACUAUAUGGGCACACUCUCCAGCACCAGUUCAGGUCAUUCAAGUGACCGGUGGACAGAGCCUUUUGAGGAACCCCAGGACUCACCCCCUCCCCUCCCAGCCAGGUCAACUCAGGGCGCCAAGCGUCGUGGUGACCUCUUCCACUCCUCGUUCCAUAACCGAGGGAUGCCUGCCAGUGCUCCUCACUCCUCGUCUCCAUCCUCUUCCUCAUCCCAUCCCAAUUAUGCCUCCCCUCCCUCCCAUCCAAGUUACCCUCCCUCUGGUACCCCAUCAGCAGGUUAUGCUCCCUCUCUCGGCCAGAGCUCCCUCACCCCUACUCCUAUGCUAACCUCCUCCCCUUCCCCCACAUCGCAUUCCCACAAUUCGGUGGGGAUUUAUGUGACCCCAUACCACUCCUCUCACCUCAAGCCGGAGCUCGGCAUGGGCGACUCAGCCAACUACGCCGUCCCUCCCCCACACCCACGUCCGCUGCACGUUUCACACGAGGAGGCUGCCCACUUCCCAGGUUCUGGAGACUAUGACAAUGCCCCUCUUAAGCCUGUGGAAAGCCAGCGUGUGCGACAGAGUGCAGAGACCUCUGCAUCUGUAACUCUCCAGUCAUCUACAGUUUCACAGGGUCAAGUGAAUGAGUACAUUGCAUGGAGGAAUGAACGCCUCAACAGUAAUGUCCGUUCGAGUAGUCUUCCCGGGUACCCAGCUCGCAUACCAGGCCAAGACGAGAAUAAUUCUUCCACAGAACGACUGCACCCAACUCGCAGCGAAGAUGAGCUCUCAGGAAGCAGUGGCUCACCACAUACUCGUCGGAGGAUGAAGGGAGGUAACACAACACCCUCAUCCACAUCCUCCAGGAACCAGUCUCCGCGCACAGUCACCACUGAGGCUCGUCUCCGACAGGCAGCCACACCUAGGAAGAGCAGCCAGAGAAAUUCAGCGAAUUUAGGCUCUUCUAGUUUGCAGGAAGAGCUGUUCCGACUUAUCAACCCGGAUUAUAUCUCAGACACAGAAUCACUGGCAUCAAGGGAAGGUGCAGAAAGGCCCAGAGCAUUCAGUGUCAGUCUGGGCACUGCUUCUACUGCAGGUCACAAUGCUCAAGGCAGCAGAAGCAACAACAGCUCCCUGGACAGAGUGUCUGUUAAGUCAGGAGGAGGAAGUGUAAAUGGAGAGAGAGCAAGCCCUGGUCAGUCCCUAAGUGGCAACCCUAGCAAUCCCACCAUACAUACACAGGGCCCUUCACCUCCCCAGCCCCCAGGAGUCAACUACCGAGGCUUCCCAAUGUCUCAGAGCAUGCCUCAGCACCUUUCAUCUGCUGCUCCUACCCCAACCCAUGGACAGAUCUCCCCUGAUCCCAACCAUAAUGUCCCCUCACGGACAGAAGUGGCAGAGGUGGUAGUGCUAACAGCCAGACCAGCCACUGUCAUAUCCAAUUCAUCAGCCACGUCAAGUCCUGCUACAACCAGUGACCAGCGUGGGGACCUCAAGAUUGGAGCUGGCCCUCCAGAUCCUCGUGGUCCCCCACACCCACAUGUACCUGACCAAAGAACAGUACCUGCAAGAGACAGAUAUGUGGCCAGCAGCAGUGCAGACCCCAGUCUCAAGAACCCACAGUGGGUGGAUAUGAGCCGGGAAGGGAAGGGUGCUCCUUCUGAGGCGGUGAGUGGAGAACAGGGUGGAGGCCUUGAUGUGGACCAAGAGUGGAUGAGCCUUGUCAACACAGCCACCCAGGCCAUUCAGAAGAGUGGAGACAUGAUUGGGACAAAUCAGGCUCGGCCACCUCAUCCCUCACAGUCUCAGAACUGGCAGCUUCAAUCUUCAAUGAGAUCCUUGGAUGAUGCUAGUACCCCUAUGGAUUCAGGCCAUCUUCAGGACAGAUUGGCGCAGCUAGAACGGCAGCUAGCAGCUGAGCAGCAGAGAUCAGAGCAGCUAGAAGAUGAAGUCUCGCAACUGCGAACAGAGAAUCGUAAGCUGCAGGAGGACAGCCGUGCAGCAGCACAGCAGCUACACCAAUUCACAGAGUGGUUUUUUAACACUAUAGACAAGACUUGAAAUAUCAGUGGAAAUUAUGUUUUAAGUUCUUUGUUCAGCAAAAAAGAAAAAGAUUGAAUUUAAGUAGAACUUCCAAUGUCAAUUUGUGAUUGUGAAUUGGUGUUUUGUAGUAUAUACAAGAGGACAAGCAUCAUAGAUUCCCAUUUGAACAUUUUAACAGAACACUUUCUGUAUGUAACUUAAUGGGAAAAUAGAUCUGCAUGCUUUUUCUUGACAAAUGGAAGCCCAUGGACAGAGAAAAUUCAUAACUGUGUGAUCUUACAUGAGUGAUAUGUGACUGCUUGGAAAUGUGGCAGCUACAUGCAGUGUUGUGUGUGCCUUGUGCAUUGUGUAUUGAUUAAGAAGUGAAGUGUGAAAAUGAGAAAUAAUUGUUUUGGAACUUUUUGGCCCCAAUACUUAAUUUUUUAUACAUAUAUUUUUUCUCACUCACCUUUUUUACUAACUGAAAAUGUAUUAGGGAGCCAAAUAGACACCUUCUAGUGUUUGCCGUCCGUGCCUCUGUCUUUGGCAAGACUACUUAAGAAAUAGAACUUAACGGUUUAGUGCCUUGUGUUACCAAGCUGGUAUUAUCCUGUCAUAGCCAAGUUCACCAUCAUCUCCAAGAUCAGUGUAAAAAUCUUUUUAUUUUUCUUGACAUUUUGGUUGGGGAUGAGAUGGAAGGCAAAGGAAUGUGCCACUGCGUGUUCAUAGGUUAUGUGAAGGGAGUGUCUCAUUGAGAAUCACACAUGCAUUCACAGACAUACACUUGUACGUAUAGCUGUAUACAUAAACAUACUUAUCCUUAUACAGAUAUUCAUGUAUAUAUAAAACCAAAGAGAAUUUUUUUCCUGAUUGUGAAAUGAUUUUCCAUUUUCCUAUUUUUUUCCACUUUCUCACUCUCUAGUUCCUUUUUAUUGAGGGAAACCAAAAGUUAAUUUUGGGAAAAGUAGAAUGGGGGAAAGCAGUUUGCAUAGUAAGUGUGGACGUCAGGCAUGGGUUGAAUACCGAUGGGUUGAAAAUCCUUACACCCAACAUGUUUUUCCUGGACUUUUGUGUGUUCCAUGGCCAAAGUAUGCAUUAAUUUUGUUCUCACAGUUUACUCUCAUUACUUAUUCUUCUCUCUUUUUAGUAUCAGUAUGUUUUUUUGGCAAUUGUAAUAUAUAUGUUCAGUUAUUGUUCAGAUCACUGUACAAGUGAGCAGCUUUGCAGGAUAUUUGUGAAGCCACUUUUUUCCAUUGCAUCAUCAUUUAUGAUGAUUAUUAUCAUUAUUAUUGUUCUUUUAUUAUUACCAUCAUGAUCAUCAUCAUGUCAUCAUUAUCACAAUGAUGAUUUGUUCACUUUUCCUCAGCCUGUGUUUCUGUAUCAGUAUUUGAAUAAUGUCUAGAUUCAGUUUCGUAGAAAGGUUUCAUGGAGGGAGUACCCCCAUUCUGAUGAAGUGACGUUGCUAUACUAAUGCAGAAAGGGACAUUUUACCAAGCCAUUUAAACGCUGUAGAUCAGCUGCCAUACGUGCAUUGUAAACACUUAAUCAAAAAACCAGUGAACCAUACGUAGGGAAUCCCACUUUUUUUUUCGUCUUUCUUCUUUUUUGAGGUGUGAUAGUUACUGAGUGUUCUAAAAGGUAUACUGAAUAGAGCAAAUAAUAUGUGUAAUAGGGAAAGAGCCAAUUUUUGGUUGUUACCUAUGAAACAAGAGAUUGGGAUAGAAACUCCAGUUUUUCAUGAAGGCAAAAGUAGAAAAAGAUAUGUGUGGCAUAAAAAUCUGGAAAUGUUGAUGGUGGUAAAAUUAAAAGUAAAGACUUUGAUGGCAGAAACUGUAUAUGUUGUCUGUAUUAUCAGUGACUUACCAGUGUUAUUAUUAUUAUUUUUAAUAUGCAUUUUUUCUUUUGUUUUGUGUAAUCAUCACUAUUUUUUGAUAUCCAUAUAUAUAUAUAUACAUACUCAGUAUUGCUAUUGCUUAUUAUUAUUAUUUUUUUUUUACAAUUCACUUUAUCCUGUGCCUUUGCUUUAAUGCAUGUCUCACCAGAAUACCAAAGUGUGUAGCCAGCAGUACAAAAUCCUUUCAGUAUAAUACUCGCCAAAUUAUAUGGUUGAAAUCCCUUUUUUUCCCCAUUUUUCUUUUCUUUUUCUUUUUUGUUUUCAAGAGAUCAUGGAAGUGUUCCAAGUUUUUUUUUUUUUAUUAUUAUUAUUAUCAUCAUUUUUAUUAUUAUUAACCUAUAUAACUCAUGAUUGUACAUUUGUGAAUAGUUCAGUUGAUAGAGGUCUUUAACAUAAUAAGUGUAUGGUGGUAGUCUCAUUACAACCAUUAAUACCGAUAAUAGUUUGUGACCAUUAUAUAGCGAUAUUGUGAAGGAAAAGGACAGGUUUCCGUUGUUGUUUUUGAUACGAGGGUAAUUUCAAGAUGAAAAGAAAAUUGGCGAACAUUUUUGUAGUUAAAUAGUUGUGGAGAGAAGUUGGUGAGGUAGCUAUUAGUUGCAUUUUUGUAAUAUUUUUUAUACUUCAUUGUCUUUUUUCCCCCCAUUUCUCACUGUCAUUAUUAUUUUUUUCAUUUCUCAGUGUAUAAAAAGUCUAGAUCAACACAUCAGUCAAUUCUUAAAGUAAAAGUUCAGUCCAAAAGAAAAGAAAAGAAAAAAAAAGGCUCAAGUAAGCCUUCUUCCAACUUUCUUCCCCCGUGCUUGGCCCUUCCAAAUUCCUGUACUGUGCAGAAGACGGAGCAAUGUUAAGAGCCCCUUGUUGCACUUUUAGCCUAGCAUUUGUGAAAUAGUAGUCUCCCCCACUUAUAAGGCAUCUAGAAUCCAAUCUUUUUCCUCUUCUAUUCCAUUUUUGCACUUUUCUGAGCACUGAAUAGUAGUGCCUGCUAUUAUUUUCUUCCUUUCAGAUCUCUCUAGAUCUUAUCUUGUACUUGCAGAGAAUAAAAAAUAGAAAUGGACUGUUGAAACAUUUCAUAUUUUGGGCAUAUAUUGUACGUAGGUUUGAUGAAUCUACAUAUAACUUUACCUCAAGACAAUCAUUAAACAUUAUCAUUGCAUUGUUAGUACAGCUGACAGCUUGCACAAGGCUGAAGUAGUGUCUGGAUCAUAAGAAAGAAAACAUUGUAGUGGUGUAAUUAAAUAUGAAAGAGAGGAGAGUUAGAAUUUUAAAGAGCAAUAGAAAUGUGCAUAUAUUAUACAUACUUAACUGGAUUUAUUAACAUUACCUAAAUUGUUAUUUGAAAGUUCAUAUUGACCAAAAAAUUAAUGUUCAGCGAUGCAAGAAAAAACAAAUUUGCCUUCAACUGGCUUUUUACCUUGUGCUUGCUGUUAGCUGAAAAUUGCAAACACAUAAGCAUUCAAAAUUGUAACAUAGUGAAUCAUUGUUCAUGUUGAAAACAUUUUGCAAAGUUGCUAAUUUCAAAUGCACAGCACUUUGUAGAAUAUUUAAUAUCAUGUAGGCACAUAGUGCAAGUGCAACAGUACACAUGUAACCCAUGAAAGUUCUUUUACAUGCAUGCUGCCAAGUUGCACAUUUCAUUAUUUAGUUCCUUUUUUAUAUGAAACAAUUUUUCUUACUCCUUUUUUUUUUAUUUUAAUAUCUACCACAGAACAUUUAUUAGCUAAUGGAAAGUAUUAAAGGACUAAAACCCAGAGAGCAUCUAAUGAAAGUGUGAAGCCAUUGAAGAUUUAGAUUGUAAGAUUGGGAAAGUGAUUGUAAGAUGCACAGACUGGCUGAAAAGGGACCAUAACAGUGUAUAGUGUAUAAUUACCAAAUUAUUUUUUACAUCAAAGGACCUACAGUAUGCCAAUUAGCAUAUUACAGUGUGUAUUUAUCUUCCGAGUGCAUUUUGACUUGUAUAUUUGAAUAAAUUUACAUCAGUUAAUAGCCUUUCUUGAGAUAAUACUGUAGGAACAUGAUCUCUUAUAAAAAAUGUACAUUGUUCUUUUGAAGCAAAAAUUAUCAAAUAUGGUGGAUGUAGGGAAGAAUGAAAGAAUUUAUCCAUUUGGGGAUGAAAACGUCUUGCAGUCUGCACUGUCAGGCAUGACAAACCUGUCCAAAUUUGUUUUGUACAUGCAAGAGAAAUUGUGUAGAUGCACCAUAAUUCGUAAGCUAUGUGCCUUACAUACAAAUAGAAUUUGUAUUUUAAAAUGUUUGUUAUUAUCCCCUAAUUGCAAAGUUAAUGUUUAUCCUCUCUAUCUAUUUAAGAUAGAUACAAACCAUAGUAAUGUUUAUGAAUCCUUUAGUGUUCAAUUCUUCCUUUUAAAACCCAACAAUUGAAUGGGAUAAAACAAUUAAAUUUUCUUGGAUGUUUUCCUCCUUUGAAUUCUGCUUAAGGAAUGGUUAUAGUAAGCUAAAGUUUCCUUGUUUAGAAUAUUUCGAAUUUUACUUAUCUAUUAAAAAAUUUACAAUAUAUAGCAAUAAGGCAAGACUUGGGGGCAAAGCCCCCUGUUAAUUAAAGGGCAUACAGCAUUAUAAUAAUGUAUUGUGCUGAAAGGGUAAAAUUAGUUAAUUAGGACAAAAUAUGUUAGAUGUCAAAGGUCAUCAAGUGCUGUAGGUUAGUAUGGUAGUGAAAUGGGUAAAGAGGAAAUAGCAAAUGGAGUAGAAAGGCUGAUUAGGACUGACAAAGCCAGUCUCAUUCUUUCAGCACAGCUCCCACACUUUGGGAUGUGGAAAAGGCAAUGAAGAAAAAGAGAACGAAAGGAGAAGAAAAGACCAUGCAAAAUAAGUCGAGGUGAGGGCCAAGGUUCAAGGUAGAGAGGAUCACCUCCAUUGGUCCACAGUCUCCGUCUCCUAAGCUCCCCAUGAAGACAAUAAGCAUGUGAUUGGGGGUGUAUUAGUUUUAGAACAAUUGCCUAUCCUGUGCAUUUUUUAACUUUUUCUUCAUUGUGUGCAAGUUAUAUAGCUGGCUUCUAUGUAAGAUCAAUGGAUUGCUGCACUAAAGAUGAACUAAAGAAAAACAUGAAAAAUGUAUAAAAUAAGUCAGGAAAUAAUGUAGAUAAGAUAUAUAACGUAACAUUAAAUGUUCAUAGCUUCACAAAAAAAGAUGUAUACUUGCUAUACUAGUUAGGUGUCAACAUUACUGAUUACAUAUUCAGUGGAGGUCUUAAAGGUAAUGCCAUGCCAGAAAAAAUAUUCUGACAAGCCACUUCACAACAGCAACUGUGAUGUUACAUAUGCUUAGAAACAGUUUUCCAUAAUAUAAAGGUUUUUAUCCAAUGAGUGAUUUUGAGAUGAGGUUCUUUCAGCCACCGUGUUCAUAAGAAAGAUAUUAAAUAAUUGGACGAGUUAGACCAAAGAAAUAGAUGCAUCAUGACCUGUGGCAGAUAGGGUGUUCACUACUACCUGGUUCAACUAGAUCCUUAUGGUAAAACACGAAACCAAAUGGAUUGCAGAGCCUAUACACAGAAAUGGAGAUAGUACUGCAGUACUUUAUUACCAGGUUUACAAUAAUUUCAUCAUAAUAGAUACGUUAUUCUUAGAAUGUCUGAUGUUUGCAACAAGUAACUGUGCUAGACGUCAAAGGUCAUAUAGCACUAUGGUAAAGUAUUGUGUCAGAAAGGGUAGGAGUUAAAGAUUAGCAUAAAAUGUGUUAGAUGUCAAAGAUUAGAGAUCAUUACAGGAUAGUAUGGUAGUGAAAAGGGAAAAUAGGGGAUUAAGUGAACUAGAGCAGAGAUUAGUAGAAAGGGGAGGGUUAAGGGUAGGGCAACUGAGUGAAUUACAUUGUAUAUGUGACUGGGGAAGGUAUAGGAACAAUGUUCAAGAAAAACAGAGAUGGCUGUUGAAAAAGUAGGGAAAAGAGGGAAGUAAAUGAAGAAGAGCUGGGACUAGUAAAAUGGGAAAGGUUAAGGGGGAGGUAGAGAGGGUGGGGUAUGUUGGGAGGGUGUAGGGGUGUAGGGUACUAGAGGAGGAUGAAGAAUAUCUGCAAAUAACUUUAAAGGUAGUAGGAGAGAGUGGAGUGGAAUGUUUAGGUUGCCUGGUGUGACAAAUGAAGUGAGGAGGAGUAGGAGGUAUCAGGGAAGAGAUUUAGAUUUAGACUGAAAAACAAAUUUGACUGGGGGAGUAGGCAUGGGAUGGUUUAGGGUAUAGAUUCAAAUCAUUUGAGUUUCAAAGCAAGUAUUAUAAAUCCUUCUAUGUCAUUGAGGAAAAUUCUGACCAUACUAUACAAAGUUACACUAUGAGAUGUAGACUGGCUUCUGCUAAGUUUAAAUAAGCACAGAAAAAAAUAAACUUUUUUUUUUUUUUUCAUGAUUACCCUUUUUAUUUUUCUUCUUGGAAUAUCAUCAAUCUACAAGUUAAUACUAAACAGAUUAACAAGUACUUUUUUCUGCCAAGAUCAGUGUCCAAUCAGUAAAGGGUAUAAUCAAAUAAAUAUGAUGUUAAAAUCAUAAGUAUCCAACUCAAGCUAUCUUUAUUAACAAUAUACCAUUACAUAAUAUUUAAUACCAUUUAUACAAUGCAUACACCUGAUAACAGUUUGACAACCACAACUAUCCAUACAUUAUCUUCAAGAUGGAAAGCACAAAACAAUGACAAUGUCCUUGCUUGGAAUGUUUUUGUAUAUAUAUUUUUCAUUUUUUUCAGUACCACUUGUUGGCCAGUGUCAUUUCCCAGGAGUUGAGCUGUAGCUGCAGAUGCUAUUCACAGGAAAAAUUUGGGGUACAUACUUCUAAGCUACUUGCGAGGAUACACAAGUUCCCCGGGAAAUGUAUCCCUAAUACAAAACUUAGCUGUUCUUGUAUCCCCAACAAUGCUUAAAAAAAAAAAAAAAAAAAA